UAAAAGGGAGAAUUUCUUAGAGAGAAAAGGUAUGAUUAAAAGGGAGAAUUUCUUAGAGAGAAAAGGUAUGAUUAAAAGGGAGAAUUUCUUAGAUAGAAAAGGUAUGAUUAAAAGGGAGAAUUUCUUAGAGAGAAAAGGUAUGAUUAAAAGGGAGAAUUUCUUAGAGAGCAAAAGGUGUGUUUAAAAGGGAGAAUUUCUUAGAGAGCAAAAGGUGUGUUUAAAAGGGAGAAUUUCUUAGAGAGGAAAAGUAUGAUUAAAAGGGAGAAUUUCUUAGAGAGGAAAGGUAUGAUUAAAAGGGAGAAUUUCUUAGAGAGGAAAGGUAUGAUUAAAAGGGAGAAUUUCUUAGAGAGGAAAGGUAUGAUUAAAAGGGAGAAUUUCUUAGAGAGCAAAAGGUGUGUUUAAAAGGGAGAAUUUCUUAGAGAGCAAAAGGUGUGAUUAAAAGGGAGAAUUUCUUAGAGAGGAAAAGUAUGAUUAAAAGGGAAAAUUUCUUAGAGAGGAAAGGUAUGAUUAAAAGGGAGAAUUUCUUAGAGAGGAAAGGUAUGAUUAAAAGGGAGAAUUUCUUAGAGAGAAAAGGCCUUACCAAAGAAGAGAUAGAGUUAGCAAUAGAGCGAUCUGGCGUACCUUCAGAUAAACCUACCCAAGUUUACCCACCACAGCCUCCUGGAAUACAGGCCCCAAUACCUGGAGCAGUGGUGCCCUACCAACAGUCAGCGCCCCCUGUUGGUACAUUAGUAAAGAUACGAGAUGUUUUACACACGAUAGCUUUAAUAGGAGGCUUAUCUUAUGCUGCCUUUAAAUUUUUCAAGGAAUAUUUAUUGCCAUGGAUUUUAGGUAAACCAAAGACAGAAGAUAGAUUAGAUAAAAUUGAGAAUAUGGUGAUAGAGCUUCAGAAAAACAUUGUAGAGACUUUGUCAAAGAUACAACUGACCUUGACCUCCAUGCAGGAAACAAUGUCAACUAAUCAGGAGAAAGUACAGGCUAUAUCACAUGAAGUCUACUCCCAAAGGUCUUCAACAGCAAUGAGUAAUAUUAACGAGUCACAGUUUGCCACAGAAAUGAAGUCGGAGCUACAAACAGUAAAAGGAUUAUUAUUAAACAGACGACAAUUCCCACCAACACCAUCAUCAUCAUCACUGCCAGCAUGGCAACUCAGUCAGACUGCCACUCCUACGAACAAAUCCAACAUGGUCAAACCUAGUGGUGAUGCAACACCAGUGUCAGAACCUAGCGGUGAUGUUGCAAUAGUGUCAGAACCUAGCGGUGAUGCCAUAGUGUCAGAGGAAGCAUACUUAAAUCAGAAUAAAAAUGAUAGAACAGAUGCUGAAAAUAAUGAAGAAGUAAAAGUCAAUUUCAGCUUCGAAGAAACUACAAAUGUUGACAUGUCAGAUGUUUCUCAACCAAUCAAAACAGAAGCUAGUGAUAUUCUGAACCAAUCAGAGGACAAUUUACAAAUGAAAUCAAAGGGAGAAAAUGAUAAUGAAGAAGAGGUUGAUUAAAACAGAUUUACUAAAAAAGAAUGGACAGUUUAAAAAAGAGAAAAUUUAUGCAAACAGAGAAAUUACUAUAUAUUGGAUUUUUGUUAUUUUUUCCCUUCAGCGAACAGAUCACUACUAAGGUGGAAAAAGAUAGAUUUCUCUGAUCAUUUAAAAACAUUUUUAAAUAUUUCAUUGGACGUUUCUCAUCUUCCCAUGCAUUCAACAUUCUUGUUAAUCAUGUCUGUUUAUUACAGAAGGUUGUAUUGCUUUUCCAACAAUUCAUUAAUCCUAUCACAAGUGGAGUUUAAUGGAUAGGCCUCUUCAAUUAACUAGUUUAUGUUUCCAUUGCCUGCAUAAAACCUUUCAAUGUUUAAAUAUUAUUAGAUGAGCUGCAUCGAAUAGAAAUCGACCUUAUGCAAGUACACAUAUGAAUGUACAUGUAUAAGACUUUGAUUGAUUUUGGAACAUUCAAAUACGAAAAAAAAGAUGAAUUUUGGUCUGUUUUGUAGGCUUCUUAUAUCAACUCAAUUUUCAAUUAUGUACAGACUUUGCAUAGAGAUUUUUUCAACCGAAAUAUGUUAACAAAUUUAUGGAUAUUCAUUUGCAUAAUGUCGAUUUCUAUCUGAUACAGCUCAGAUGAAGGUAGAAUUUUCACUGCACUUAGGCUUUUUUACUAGUAUUUUUCCAUUUUUUCCAUCCUAACAAGAACCCUGAAUGUAUAACCACAAACAACUGACAUAGAUUCAUUUGUUGUUAAGAAAUAAAUAGAAAUACGCUGGACUGUAAUACUGUGUAUUGCACUAACUUUAUAUCUGAAUAAUGGUCUGCAGUGGUUGUCAUUUGUUGUUAAGAAAUAGAUAGAAAUACGCUGGACUGUAAUACUGUGUAUUGCAUUAACUUUAUAAUUGAUUAAUGGUCUGCAGUGGUUGUCAUUUGUUGUAAAGAAAUAGAUAGAAAUAUGCUGGACUGUAAUACUGUGUAUUGCAUUAACUUUAUAAUUGAUUAAUGCUCUGCAGUGGUUGUCAUGUGUUGAUGUAGUUCAUAAGUGUUUCUCGUUUCUCGUUUUUUAUAUAGAUUAGACCGUUGGUUUUCCUGUUUGAAUGGUUUAACACUAGUAAUUUUUGGGGCCCCUUAUAGCUUGCUGUUUGGUGUGAGCUAAGGCUCUGUGUUGAAGGCCGUACUUUGACCUAUAAUGGUUUACUUUUACAAAUUGUGACUUGGAUGGAGAGUUGUCUCAUUGGCACUCAUACCACAUCUUAUUAUAUCGAUAUGCAGAUUAAAAAUAGUUUUCACCUGUAUGUAAAAGUUUUCUACCAUUUGAAAAGAUGUGUUCAUUUGAUAAUGUAUUGUAAUUUAUUGACAUGGAGAUUCUACUUGGUUUCUAGAAAGAGGUAGUAUCAUUCCACACAAAGUUAUACAUAGAAUUAAAGAAUCUAAUUUACAAUGAGCAGAGAUGUCAAAUUGCACUUUGGACUUUUUGUCAACAGGAUCAAGCAAAUCAUAAAACCUGACUUGCAAAAAAGUUUAAUGAACAGAUUUCCUCCUGCCAAGACAGUCCAAUUAUUUUUUUUGUGAAUAUGAAUCGUAGAGAAUUGUUAAAAGGUUAAUACGAUAUAGGUAUCUAAACUAUAUAUUGUAAUUUGAAUGAUGCAAGUGUUUAUGUAUUAAGCAGAAUUAUAUGUAGAAAGAAAACUUAUUUGCAGCUUAUUGAGUAAUUUAAUAAGGAAUAUUGAUGCAUUUUAAAAUAAAUGUUUAUAUUUGAA